GCGUGCGCAAGGCCUCUCUGCUGUGUCUGCCGCGGCCGGUGCCUUCCCGCCAUUUUGUCUGAGGGAGGGGAGACAGAGGACUCUCCGGUCGCCUCCUUCGCUCCGCGCGGAGGGAAGAAAGAUCCGAGCCCCCGGCCGCGAUGGCGGCGUCUGAGUCCGAAUGCCAAGCGUCGUCCGGGUCGGGCGCGGAAGACGCGUCGCCGCUUCUCCCUCCCCCUGCGAGCGCCGCCCCGGCGGGCCGCCGCCUGUGCGACCUGCGGGUGAUCGACCUGCGCGCCGAGCUGAAGCGCCGCAACCUGGACAGCGGCGGCAACAAGAGCGUCCUCCUCGAGCGCCUCCGCAGAGCCAUUGAGGAAGAGGGGGGGAAUCCUGAUGAAAUUCCAGCUGCUGCUGAAAUUACCAAUAAGAGAACACCCAAAAGAACCAUAAAAGGACGUAAACCAGAAGAGGAAGAUGGUGAAGAUAAUGGAUUGGAGGAGAACUCGAGAGAUGGGCAGGAGAAUACUGAAGCAAGUUCAGAUAACUUGCAGGAUAUUGACAUGAUGGACAUUAGUGUGUUAGAUGAAGCUGAAACCGAUAAUUCCAGUGCCAUCGAUUGCAAGGAUGAUUACAUUGCUGAAAAUGUUCUUGACUCUGAUGAGAAAGAUAAUACUGACACAGAACUGAAGGAACUUCCUGAUCAGCUGAUGGAUAAUGAGGAGAAUGGUGAGAAACUUGAUAACAUGCUGGAUGCUGCUUCCUCUGAUUUAGCAGCAGAGAAGGUAAUAGCCAAAAGCAGCCUCAUGGGCUCAAAAAGCACAAGUCCGGAAAGAAACUCUCGAAGCACACCGAUACCGGCCAUAAGGCUUAAAAAAAAAUCGCGUCAUUCCGAAUCCACGGAUUUGGCGCCCAAGAAAUCUCGUCAUUCCGAAUCAGCUGAUUCGGCUUCGAGAAGACCCCACGAGUCCCACUCGGCUCCCAAGAAACCUCGAACACCGACCUCGGCUUCGGCGAUAAUGGAUCCCAUCUCCACGCCUUCGACCCAGCUGGCACUCCCACCGGAACUGUCGGCGCCGACCGAUGUCAUCACCGACAUGCCGCAAUUAACGCCCCAUUCAUCCACGGCAGUGGAAGUGAUACCGAUCCAAUCCCGUUCGCCCUCGGUGCAUAGCGUGGUUCCUUCUGAGUUUCUCGAGUUUGACCCGUCUGCUGACCCGACUCAAACAUACCUCAGACCAUCUCUCCGGCCCGGGUCCUUCCGAGAUAUCGGGGACGUCUCUAAGCCGCGCACUGCCUCCGCCACGGUUUCGGUCGCUCCGCCGGUCAUUGCUCCCACGGACCACCGGGCUCAGAUCACCAAGCCUCAGACUGGCGUUUCGGACCCGGCCCCAUCACUGCAUCCUCCUUCGGGAGAGGACUUCCACUCCGAGGGCGAAUCAUCAGCAUUGUCAGACUCAGAAGACCAUCCUGACUCUGUAGUCUCCGACUCGAUGCCACAGCCCCGCCUCUCUCCAUCUGACGUGUCCAAGGCCUAUCUACAUCUGAUCACCACCAUGGCUGAGAAUUUAAAUAUUACUCUUCCGUCGGAUUCACCUAAGGUGUCCGACAUUGUGCAUGAUUUGGUCCAAGAGACUUCCCACCGGGGUCACUACUACCCAUGCUACCAGUGCAUCUCGAGGGCCUCCGCGAGGGUCUUUGCUUCGUCUGUUGCUCUGCGCCGCCACGCUUGGCUAAGGUCCACUAACUUGCAACCGGACAUUAAACAAAAAAUUGAAGACCCCCCUUUUGAUGGUCUAGGCCUCUUCCAUGCUUCCACGGACGAAGUGCUCACCUCAGUCGAUGAUGGCCGUAAGCGUGCUAAACGUUUGGGAGUCUCCCAACCUUUCUCCCAACAAUUCAAUCGUGCAAAACCCUGGAGACCAUCGUUCCAGAAACGCCAACGGUCACCCAAGAGGAAUGACUUCUGGAAGAGGAAGAGCGUGCAGCAGAAGCCUCAGUUCCAACAAAGGCCUCGGGCUUUCACCAAGUGCAUGGCAGUGGUGGCAGCUGCCCUUCGCAUUCGGAACAUCCCUGUCUUCCCAUAUAUCGACGACUGUCUCUUCAUAGCACCAACUCAACAUCAGUUAGAGAUGAAUCUCCACACAGCCCUUCUCCUUCUGGAUUCCCUGGGCCUGCGUGUGAAUUCCACCAAAUCACACCUCACUCCCACCCAGGACCUCAAGUUCAUAGGGGCCCGUCUGUGCACCUCCCUUCACCGUGCCUUCCUCCCCGAGGAUCGAGCGCUCACAAUCAUCGCCCUAGCAAAGUCAGUCCAACAGGAGCCGCUGCAGUCUGCAUUCACCAUCCAACGCUUGCUGGGCCUUAUGGCCGCCACGACAUCGGUCAUUUAUUUUGCCAGGCUACAGAUGAGACAACUACAGCUCUGGUUUGUGCGUGCCUACCAUCCUCACGUGCAACCGCAGAGCAUUUUACUCACUGUUCCCCAGAGAGCACUUCUUUCUCUCACUUGGUGGACCGUACCCAACAACCUCCUUGCGGGCAUGCCGUUUCUCCCGACUCCUCCGAUGGCUACGGGUGGUGAGAUGAAGAUUCGUGUGUUAGAUGAAGCCGAAAUAGAUAACUGCAGUGCAGUAGAGUGUCGAACAGCUGGCAGUGCCGAUAGUGGGCUUGACUCCCUCUCUGGCAGUAAAGGAAAUGCUGGGGCAGGAAGGAGAGAACAUCCACAGCAGCUUGCAGGAUGCCCUGCAGGUGACAUGGAGGCACCUCCACAAUUGCCAGGCAUUAAAGAAGACCCGAGAGAAAUACCAGUAGCCGUGGUUGAAGGUGAAGAUGCUAGAAGUGCCAUGGAGCUGGGACCCUCUGAUUUCAUCAGUGAAAAGGAAUUGGAAGAAUUUCCUCUGGAAUCAGAAAAUGAGAAAAUGCUCGACAUUUUGGGUGACACUUGUAAAUCUGAGCCCUUUAAAGAAGACACUUCCGAAGCGGAGCAGGCACAGGAAGCGAAAAACCCGUUGGCGGGCGAAAAGGCAGCCGAGGAAGAGGAAGACGCGCUUGCCGCCACCGCCCCUCUGUUGGAAGAAGACCUUUUAGAUACGGAGAGCCCCUCAGCCCGGGCUGCAGUCAGGAAGCAGGAGGAGGCGGAGGCAAAGCACUUAGUGGUAGCGGCAGGGGAGCUGAGCGAGCAGACAGGCGAGGAAGCCCAGCUGGACUCGGACUCUGUAGCGGUAGAGAGCAGGAGUGGUGGUGGAGGAGGAGGAGGUGAAGGAGAUGAGAGUAGCAAAACAGCAGCCCAGAGUCUGGAAGCCAGUAGUGAGGCCAGUGUGGCCAGCCAAGAGGCCACGAAGAUGGAAGAGAAAUCUCAGUGUGAGGAAGACUCCUCCUCUGCCACUAGAGAGGCCUCUGCCCCAGAGGGUGGUGAUCAGAACACGAGUUUGAAAGCAGAUCCAGAGGCUAAAGGCACUUCAAGAGAUGAGAAGGCCCGGACCAGUAGUGGUUCUGGUAGAAAUCUGUGGGUUAGCGGACUUUCCUCUUCGACUAGAGCUACAGAUCUGAAAAACCUGUUCAGCAGAUAUGGAAAGGUGGUGGGUGCAAAAGUGGUGACCAAUGCCCGUAGCCCUGGGGCUCGUUGUUAUGGCUUUGUCACCAUGUCUUCAUCCGAGGAAGCGACCAAGUGCAUCAGCCACCUCCACAGAACAGAGCUGCAUGGGAAAAUGAUCUCUGUGGAAAAAGCCAAAAAUGAACCUGCUGGGAAAAAAACAUCCUUGGACAAGAAAGAAAAUGAAACCAAAAAAGAAAAGGAGAGACACCAUUCUGUUGAGACCAAAUCAGAAAAGCCACCUGGGGUUAAAAAAGAAGAGAAGGCAGACAAAAAGGAUGAUACGAGUAAGUUGGAAGAGAGAGGUGGCGAAGAGGAAAAAGAAACAGGCGAGAAGAAAGCAGGCUCCGUGGAUCGUGCAGGAUCUGUUAAAUCAGCCAGUCGAGGAGCUGAACGGACAGUGGUUAUGGAUAAGUCCAAAGGAGAACCAGUAAUUAGUGUGAAAACUACAACCACAUCAAAAGAGAGAAGCACAAAGAGCCAGGAUCGCAAGUCAGAGAGCAAAGAGAAGCAAGAUAUCCUGUCUUUUGAUAAGAUCAAAGAGCAAAGAGAACGAGAGCGACAGAGACAGCGGGAACGAGAGAUCAGAGAGACAGAACGUCGUAGGGAGCGUGACCGGCGGGAGCGAGAGCAGCGGAUCCAAGCUGUCCGGGAGCGAGACGAAAGGCAACGGCUGGAGAGAGAACGGGAGAGGCUGGAGUUCCAGAGGCAGCGCCUGGAGCGGGAGCGGAUGGAACGUGAACGCCUGGAGCGGGAGCGCAUGCACAUAGAGCAAGAGCGGCGACGGGAGCAGGAGCGGAUCCAGCGUGAGAGGGAGGAACUGCGGCGGCAGCAGGAGCAACUGCGCUAUGAGCAGGAAAGGCGCUCAGCCCUGCGGCGGCCCUUUGACCCAGAUGGGAGGCGGGAUGACUCGUACUGGUCGGAGACGAAGCGGAUGGCUCUGGAAGACCGAUACCACUCUGACUUUGGCCGGCAAGUUCGUUUCCAUGGGUUUGACCACCGAGACCGUGGCCGUUACCAGGAUCAUCCAGCGGACAGGAGAGAAAGUUCAAGAGGACUGCCAGAUCGAGAUGGACAGCACUACCCUGAUGACCGGCAUGGAGGACCUGAUCGUCACUCACGAGGCUCACGAGACAGCUGGGGCAGCUAUGGUUCUGACAGAAGGUUGAGUGAAGGGCGUGGGCUACCUCCAGCAUCCAGAGAUGGACGUGACUGGGGAGAUCAUGGGCGCAAACUUGAGGGUCAUCAGGAUCGGUCCUGGCAAGAUGGGGAGAUGAUGGGGCGCGACCAUGAGAGAUGGCAAGGUGGGGAUCGGGGCAUUCCUGGUCCAGCAGGCCCUAGUCCUGCAAUGGGCAGAGGAGGAAUGUCUGGGCGUGGUGGGUUCGUGCAAGGCGGAGCCCAGAACCCGGCGGUGCCGGAAGCUGGUGUACAAGGCGGCUUCACAGGCCAGGACAGACCAACCCGACCCAAUGACACUCGUUUCACUCGGCGCUAUUGAAGACCCUUCUCCCAUUUAAUGCAAGAACGUCAUUACCGGGGUCAUCUCCUUGGACUCUUGUCGAGAAAAGGGUUGAACCACAAUGCCCUAUUGUAGCUUGCAGAUAAUGUGAACUCCAAUACUCCCUCCUCAUAUGUUUUUGUUUGGCUACCACUUGCUUGUUUCAGAGGAAGCAUUCCAUUUUCCAUGAAUAAUAAAUCUCUGUUGUGCUCUG